UGGCUUAUGUUUUUUGAGCAGCUGCCCACUCAGGCACGGCACGGCACGAACCCCUCCCACGCUUCUUACCGUCGUCGCCAACUCGGUCUCUCUUUUCCUUCCUCCUUCCGCCCGUCUCUUCACCAUGUCGGCUAUGCGCCAUUUGCUCGACCUCUGUAAGCGCAGGGGUUUCCUCUUCCAGUCUGCAGAGAUUCAUGGCGGUCUUCGAGGCGCCUACGACUAUGGCCCCCUCGGCGUCGAGCUCAAACGGAACGUCUCUCAGGAGUGGUGGAACUCGAUGGUCUAUCAGCGGUCGGACGUCGUCGGCAUUGACACCGCCAUCAUCACCCCUCCAGCGGUCCUCAAGACCUCUGGUCAUGUUGACCAAUUUACGGACGAGAUGGUCGACUCUCGACUAUCAAAGGAACGAUUCCGUCCAGACAAGGCUCCAGAACUGAAGCUGGAUGAUCAGGGCAGGAUCCCGAUCACGGCGCCGGAUAAGAACACUGCAAAGCUGUGGGAGAACGAUAUCAGGACUCAAUUCGCUAGGGGCGCUAUGAUCACACGUAGCGGAAAGCAGAUCCUCAUGGAAGUCGAGCGCAUGGAAAGGGACCGGAUCGUACUCAAGCAGGACCCCUCUACGACCUCAACAACCUCUGAUCUGGACUCAUCGCUUCAGAUCCCGUAUCAUGGAUAUGUCGACCCGAACUCCAACUCGCCCUUCCUUACAGAAUCGAGACCCUUUAACCUCAUGUUCAAAACAUACCUGGAUCCGAUCGACCCAAUCGACAAGGUCAUCACCACGACUCUCGACGCUCAGAAAUCCUCCUCGGAUCUAUCAAACACGCGUCAGCUCGUCGACAAGGUCCUGUACCCCUCGCUCACUUAUCUCCGCCCCGAAACCGCUCAGGGCGUCUUCAUCAACUACAUGACCAUUCAGCGAUCGCACCCACACCUCAGGAUCCCCUUCGGCAUUGCCCAGGUCGGAAAGUCCUUCCGUAACGAGAUCCGUCUCGAACACGCCAUCUUCCGCACCCCCGAAUUCGAACAAAUGGAACUCGAGUACUUUGUCGCGCCUUGGCAAGCACAGGACCAAUUCACAUCCUGGCGAAAGUUCAGGAUGGACUGGUGGCGGACAUACGCUCGUCACCAUGACCGGAUCCGGGAACGUCCUCAUACACAGGACGAGCUGGCGCACUAUUCCAGUGGCUGCGUUGAUGUUGAGUACCUCUUCCCUUGGGGUUGGGGAGAGGUUGAGGGUAUCGCCAACCGCGGUGACUUUGAUUUGAGCAAACAUUCAGAGGCAACUGGGAUCAAACUGCAGUACACAGACGCAAUCCUGAUGCAGGAACGGCAAGCGCGCGAGAAGGCCACAGGACAGAAGGAGAACAACACAGAGGUCCUGGCAAAAGAAAGAUACACACCGCAUGUGGUCGAGUCAUCAUGUGGUCUGAACAGAGCCAUGCUGGCCCUGAUGCUGGAUGCCAUGGAAGCAGUAGACGAGCAAGGACGCACCGUCCCACUGGGCGAGGAGAAGGGCGUGCGGACUAUCAUGAGGCUGCACCCUCGCCUGGCGCCUGUGAAGGUCGCUGUAAUGCCAUUAGUCUCGAACAACAAGGACCUGGUCGAUAUUUGCACAGACAUUAGUAACCGUCUCCGUCAGGAACUCCAGGUGAAUGUUGCGCUCGAGACACAGAGCACGACGAUCGGCAAACGGUACUACCGCAUGGACGAAAUCGGAACGCCCUGGUGUGUAACAGUUGAUUUCGACACGCUCAACGAUCAUAAUGUCACCAUCCGCGACCGCGACACUGGCGAACAACGACGUGUCUCGAAGGACGAGGCCAUUGACAUUGUCCAGGACAGCCUGAGGCUAUACCCUAGACACAGCCGUCCUCAGCAAACGAUAGCAGCAUAGACAAUAAAAGAUGC